AGAAAUUCAGAAACCAUGGCCUACAAGUCCAAGUGGUGGUUGAGGGAGUUCGUGGAUGAUGAUAGCUUUGCCCCACCUUUCCAGCCAUCUGUUCUGACCAUAGCAUUCGUCCACAUAUAUGCUUCUUCAACCACGAUAUCCUCUCAUACAUCUUCCCCGCCACCCCACGGCCAAAUCUUUCUGCUCCCUAUGGCUACUACAAGCUGCUGGUUCUUGGUGUUCGUCUGGGUAGUAUGGGGGCUGCCACUGACGAUCACCAGGGCUGAGGAGCAGCAAGGGGAAGGCUGCUCAAGCUCGGCCAAGACAUGCGGCAACCUCACCAUCUCCUACCCAUUCUGGAUCGCCGACAAGGAGGCGGGAAGAUCAUGCGGUCCCUUGGACUUCCAGGUUGGUUGCUCAAACAACAGCAUUCCAUUUCUCCGCAGCUCUGGAUUCACUGGAUCCACGGGCUUUGCGAUCAUGGACAUCUCGUACGAGGACCGCAAUCUGCGUGUCGUUGAUGUACACAAAGAGGAAGACUUUAACGUCUCCAACAGCAGCUGCAAUUUCCCGAAUUGGAACACCUCCAGCAAGCUGGCAGUGCCGUUUAAGGUCAACCCCGCCAACCUGAACCUCAUCUUCUACAAGUGCACGGAGAGGGUGGAGCUGGUGGAGGUGAGAUGCGCGAACACAAGCAACGUGUUUGUUCGCGCGGGAGUGCGUUUCGAUGAGACGGGUAACUACGGCGACUACGCCUUGGAGGGCUGCGACGCUAUCGUCGUGCCGGUGAUGAGCUCAUCCGGCGGGGCCAACGCGAGUGACUACGAGCAGCUCACCAGCCAUGGUUUCCUCCUGAGAUGGGAUCCACCCCCUGAUCGGGACAGUGGAAAGACAAGUAUAACGUUCAUAAUAGUUGGAGCGGUAGCCGGUUUUGCUGCGUUCUUGGCAUUUGUCUUGUUUGCCUUAUACCAACGAAAGAAGAGCAAACAAGCUGUAGCUUCAAAUGAGUUCAUGCGAAGUGGAUCUUCAAUGACGUCAUAUAGUAAAGACCUUGAGAUGGGUGGUUCACCUCAUAUCUUCACUUUCGAGGAACUCGAAGUGGCCAUUGAUGGAUUUAGUGCUUCAAGGGAGCUUGGUGAUGGUGGCUUUGGAACUGUUUAUAAAGGCAAACUCAAGGAUGGGAGAGUAGUUGCGGUGAAACGCCUUUACAAGAACAACUACAGACGGGUUGAGCAGUUCCUGAACGAGGUAGACAUCCUGUCACGCCUGCUCCAUCAGAACCUUGUCAUCCUAUAUGGCUGCACGUCGCGAAUGAGCCGUGACCUUCUCCUGGUGUACGAGUUCGUCGCAAAUGGGACGGUCGCGGACCAUCUUCAUGGAUCCAGUGCGGCCGAACGAGGCCUCACAUGGCCUCUAAGGCUGAAUAUUGCUAUAGAAACGGCUGAAGCACUGGCCUACCUCCAUGCGGUGGAGAUCAUACAUCGUGAUGUGAAGACAACCAACAUAUUGCUGGACAACAGCUUUCAUGUCAAAGUUGCAGACUUCGGGUUGUCGCGCCUGUUCCCGCUCGAGGUCACCCAUGUCUCAACUGUUCCACAGGGCACACCGGGCUAUGUUGACCCCGUGUACCACCAGUGCUACAAGCUGACCGACAAGAGCGAUGUCUACAGCUUCGGUGUCGUGCUGGUGGAGCUGAUAUCCUCAAAGCCUGCUGUGGACAUGAGCAGAAGCCACAGUGAGAUCAACCUGGCUAACAUGGCUCUCAACAGGAUUCAGAACCAUGAAGUUGUUCAGUUGGUUGAUCCGGAGCUCGGCUACGACACCGACCCCGAAACAAAGAGAACGAUUGACCUAGUGGCCGAGGUGGCCUUCCAGUGCCUGCAGAUGGAGAGGGAUCUGAGGCCGUCGAUCAAGGAGGUGGUGGAGAUCCUGACUUGCGUCAGGGACGGAGACUGUCGGGCUAAGAGCAUGAAAAAGAAGGCGUCUCAGAAAGAGGAUGCGCACUUGCUCAUGGAUGACGUGCAGUUUUCGCCUGACACGGUCAUCCAUAGAUUCCAUAGCCGGUCAACUAACCACUCGGUAGCAUCGAAUGCUAGCGGGUUAUGAUGUGCUUUGUAUUGAUUCUGAAGAAAUAAGGCCGCCCUGUCGAUCGGAUGAGUUGUAUAUAGCAUAGAGUUUGCUAAUGAGGUGAUUCAUCUUACUAAGAAGUACAGGCUCAUGGUUGCAGUAACUCUACAUUUCUGAGCUUGGCAAUGAUUCAAAUGGUAGGUGUAUGUACUAGGAACAAAUUCCAGGAUAAGCACUAGUCAGUUCAAGUUGACGAAAAGAUUGAAUUCAGAAGUUGAACUGAUCAACAUGCAUAGUAUAAGUAAUCACACUGUACUUAUAUAUAAAAGUAAUAUACAGUUAUUUGAGAUACUUACGGCA